CGUCCUCCGUCAAUGGCUGCUGCAAUGGGGUUUGCAAGUUCCAUAUUCCGGCCGAGUUCGUUUUCCGGCAGGCCGAUAAAGCACUCUACUCACCGUUUUCCGGCGACCCGGUCGCCCCAACUUCAACCGGCACGAAUCAAGAACAAAGUUUGUGCAAUGUGGAUGAAAAAAUCCAUCGAAAGAAAUGUUCAUCGCGCGUGUAUUUUUUUUUCGAAGAACUUGAUCUCGGAUACGGGUUCAUUCUCGCCGGGCCAAAAAAUUAUUUUGCUCUACUCGGCUAUAAAUGAUAGGGACUUGAAAAAUCUCGAUGGAUUGAUCGCGGAAGAUUGCUCGUUCGAGGACUACACUUUUAUGACGCCAUUCCAAGGGCGAAAGGAGGUGUUGCGCUUCUUACGACAACUUGUUUCGUGUAUGGGGCAAAAUAUGAGGUUUAAUAUCGAGCAUAUAUGUGAAGGGAAUGACUACACGGCUACGGUCGAUUGGCAUAUAGAUUGGAAUGAAAUGCAAGUUCCUUUCACCCGAGGAUGCACUUGCUACUCAUUCUCGAUCUAUGGCGAUGAACUACUAAUCAAAAAAGCUCGAGUCCUCGUUGAGUCACCUAUCAAACUUGGAGCGGUAGCGCUAACUUCAUUCAAGAUCGUAAGUUCGUUGUUCGAUGCAUUUCCCGCAGCUACGGAGUGGUUCUUGAAGAGUCCACACAUCGUGUUCCAUGUCGCGGCGAAGGUGUACGGCGUCGUCGUAAAGCCGAUUAUAUGCCCAUUUUUAGAAUGGUAUGUUAAGGUAUUGAAUGUUGCAGCUUCCCUCCUCGCCUUCACUCUCAAAUUGCUACUCUACCUAGCAAAGAUUUUUCACAUGUUGUGAAUAUAAAAAAUAAAGAGGACUGUUCUUGACUUUUGAUAGAUCUCAGGAGAAACAAUGAACGAAGUUUCUAUUCCUUGAAUAUUAUUUUACCUUAUGUAU